AUGGCCGCACCCCGCUCAGACGCGCCAGUCCGCGCAAUAACCUCGAACCUCUUCGCACGUUCCCUCCCACCAGUCCCGCCAGCGACAGAAACAUAUAUUCCUCUGGCGCGCAAUGUGCUGAGCCACCGUCUACGGCGCGAGAUCUACCCUUACACCAUCGCGUAUACUUGGAUAGUCGCAACUGCUUGGGUGGUGUGGAAUGUGUCGCACGAGGGGAGCGUCGGGUGGUUUGGGAUGGUCAAGUGGGCGUUCAGGCCGGGGACGAUCCUCGCCGCUUCGUUGAUAUGGAUAUUCAAUGUCCUGCCCAUUCUCGUGCUAAGGAAGUCGGAUGUGUCUGCCUCGCCCACUCCCGCAUCUUCGCCCGCUCAAAUCCUCAAGACCGCAUACGCAAAACCCUCCGUGCGCUCGGCUCUCCUGGCCCACCUGACGACCUGUCUAUCCUUCGUCGUCAUCCAACUGUCAAUAUCCCGUUUCGCAUCCUUUGGCGACGAUCUACGCCUAAACGUCUUCGUGAAGUCAAGGAAACACCCUUACUACCUCAACGGGCGCUUCAUCUACCUCGUUCUGGCCCAGUUCACCUUUGCUGCUGCGUACCACAUCCGGGGCACCCUUCUCGAUCGAUCAAUCGUUCGCUGGAAAGCGACUUCCCCCCACUCACCCGCUUCACGUUGGACCCAGCGCCUCUUCUUCGUGGCUUUCCCGACAAUCUUCCUCGUCCUCUCGGUACAAACGAUAUACACCUUCGCGUUCAUCAUUGCUCGCGCAAUCCUGCUGCCAAUCGUGCUCACCUUCCCCUUCCUGAGCUCCCUGCUCCGUCCGUUCUGCGCCCACUUCAUUCGCGGCGCAUGGAUGCCUUUCCUCAUGCUCAACUUCAAGAAUAUGGCGAUCAUGAGCAGGACGUUCCUCCUAGGCGUGAGCCUCGUUAGUCUCUGGGAUUUCACGGAGACGCUGUUCGACGAGAAAGUCCGCCUCCCAGUGACACUCGCACCUUCUACUGCAGACCAGGCUCUCACGCUCGUAUCCGGCUCGACCUCCCCGGAUCCGUACUUCAAGUAUUUCGCUUACCGCGAGCUCCGGGACUUUGCUUCAGACGACGCGCCAGUGGCUAGUGAACGCCGAACAGCACUCUUCGGUGACCAAAAACAUUCGCCAACUCUGUGGGCGACCCUCGUUCGAGAUGCAUUAAUAUUCCUCGGACACGACUACCAACGAAUGCUUCUGCGCGGUAAACCUGCUCUCGCACCAGCAACAUCAACGAGUACACCCGCGCCCAAGAGUAAAGCACCUGAACCGCCUUCAACACCCGCACAACGUGCGCCCGUAUUCGCAACAUCUACGUCCGGCACACCAGUCCGAAGCGCAAUCGACGCGUUGGCAUCAGACGGCACACUGUCACAAGCAGUCGAGACGUCAGCGAGUGUGUUCACACAUUCCGUCUCCGUACCCGUGCCAGCGCCUGUAGUGGAAAUCGAAAAGAAGGUCGAGGAUGCUGUCGUGCAAGCCAAGGCCGUAACAACAGGGAAGAGUCUAUCAGGACGUGUGGCGGAGAUGCUUCCCAAGCCUGUCAGGGCGGCCUCGAGUGGUCUGAAGAUGUGGUGGGCGGGCGAGAGGGUGGGGAAGGUCGCUGAGAGUUUGUUACCGAACCGGGAGUUGGACGCGCUGAUCGUCGAUGUGCUCUCACAUCUUGUCUGCGCGAGCUUGACGGAGGACAAAUAUGGCGUCGUACAACGCGACAUCCCCAAGAUCCUCGAGUCAAUGCUUUCAUUCCUACAAGCACUCGAAGACUAUCAGCUCGAGCUCAACGCGAGCAGUGCACCUGAUGAAGAGAGGGAAAGGGCCGGAGAUGUUCUGGCUGUGCUUGUCGACGCACUGAAGAUGGGCGUGGUCAGGAUUGUAAAGACGUUUGGAGGGAAGCUCGGCGCGUUCAAGUUCCCGACGAGGACGGCAAGAAAGUUGCAGGGGUUCAUGGAUUACGCGUGA